GAAGCAGAAUGAGCUGCUCAUCUCCAUAGUCCCCUUCCCUAGCCUUGGGCUUAGCAUUAAGUAGAGCUCAGGGGAUCUUCAGGGCACAUGGAUGCCAAGAACCUCCUUCAGUUAGAUUCAUUUCUGAGGGAGCUGUGUUGUGUUCCUUUGGCUCAGGAAAACAAGUUUUUCCUUAGAACAAAUGGGCGUGGAGUAUGAAAAUAUCAUGCAGGAUUAGUCAAAUGCUCUACUGCUUCCUGGACUAUGACUUUCAGACAGUUCAGGAGUGGAGUUUGUGGCAGGUGGAUGGGGCUGUGGUGGAAGCAGGUGGGGGGAUGUUUCUGGUGAGCAUCUAGGGAGGUGGCUCAGGUGAGCAGGGGUGAUGGGACCCAGGUGAGCAGUGGCUUUGGAGAAUGAACAUUGAUUGUCCCCAGAAUUCUACUCCAGCUGAGAAGUAAGGUUGUGGAAUCACUCUCAUGAUAAUGGAGAAAUUACAAGGAUCUGACAUCCCCAGAGCCAGCCUGGAGAAGAGAAAGAGAGAUAUCUUAAGACAUACCAAGAGGGCAUGGGCACCUCUGGAUGGGCAUCUGCUUCCUGAUUCUGAAGAAGAAAACCCAAUGGUCACUAUGUUUGUGCAAGAAAAUUCCAAACAGGAAAGUAUCCAGCAGUGGCUGGACUCUGAAUUCUUUGUCUCUGUAAAUGAAAACUUCCAGCAAGCCAUCAACCAUUCUGCUCCUUUGCAUGAACAAGGAAUAGUUCAAAUGACUGUGAAAGACUAUAUGAGAUCUCUGCACCAGUUCUCUGAGACUCCUGCCCUGUCCAGGGGGACGAGUCUCAACUCUUGCUAUUCCUCCACAGGUGUACCUCAAAGCAUUCCUGAAUGGCUGGAAUUUUGGGAAAAAGAUCCAGUGGAGAUUCUCUUGGACUUGGGGUUUGGUGCUGAUGAACCAGAUAUCUGCACACAAAUUCCAGCCCGGUUCCUUGGUUAUAGUUCAGCAGCCAGAGGAAUUAACAUCGGUGUUUUUCUUGAAGCACAGAAACAGCGGAUAGACUUUGAGAACCCUGACUUGUAUGGUCGGUUCCGACAGCUGGAAAUCCUGAAUCAUGUUACCAAUGCCUUCUCAUCUUUGCUGAAUGGUGUUAAUACCCUACAGAGCCAGGAUGAAGAAAAAGCUGAAAGACAGGUUAUGCAAAAUCCUUCAUCAGGUGAAGUGAAAGAACGUAAGAGAAAAAUGAGCCAGCUUUUAGGAAGAGCUUCAAGACAGACCAGCAGGAUGGAUGGUGACUCGGCACUGUCAGAAUCAUUCAAGAUGCAACAUGAGAUUCUGACUCUGCCGACCAAGCCAUGGGACCCUAGAGCGGAGCUACAGGUGUCUUCCAUUAGCCAUGAUAGAUGUCAAAUGCUUCCUGCAACAGAACAUGGCUCUGUCCAAGCCUGCAAUGACGUGUCAACUUGUCCUCCUCCACAAGGUUUUCUGGACAAGCAGUGGCCUUGCUCAUGCACACUGGCCAAGCAGUCUCCUCAUACCUGUUUGUCUGAGGGGUCAUUUAGGAGGAGAACUUGGAAGGAGAAAUGGAUUCAUAUGGACAAACUCAAGAACUUGUCGCACAUUGUUAGUAAAGGACCAGACUCCUUUGAAAUGGAAGAGGUCCAGAGCUUUGAAGAAGACACUGGAAACCCUCUUACCCUGACAUCAGGAAUUGUAGGCACCCGAGUGGACAGAACAAACAGCUGUCAGUCUGACAGCAGCGGGUUUUUGGAGGAGCUGCCAGAGCUCCAGCCCCUCCAGGUGUCUUCCUUGGCAGGCAGCCAGAGUCCCACUGUCUAUAGAGGUUGCAAAUCAAGGGAUCAGAGUCCUAGCACAGCAUCAUGGCAAGACUCUCAGCAAGAGUCAUAUGGUUCUAAGUCCGAGAGCAUAGCAAGCUCGUCUGUGUUAAGCCAAGAUAGGAGUACCUUGGAAGAAAAGGACUCAGCAUCUGUGAUGGAGGAGGAGCUUCAACUUAGGGACAUGGAAGGGCCACCAGAAAUAGUCAAUCCAGACAUGACUCUCCCUAAGACCAUCAUGGUGGGAGAACACCCAGAGGGUGUUGCUGGAACUGUGCUCACUUCUACAUGUAAUAACACAACAGGGGUCACGGUGACUUAUGUCACAGAAAAGGAAGAUAGUUCUCUAGGGCAUAAGGGUACUGGGAAAAUGCUGAUAGAAAGCCACCACUUUGAAUCACUAAGGUCAUCCAAGUUUGAUCAGACUCUAGACAAUUUCUAUCAUGUGGACUCUGAUAUCCCUGGAACAGAGGACAACAGCAAAGUCUUCCCUGACACCAAGCAAAGCUCGCUGGUGCAAGAGAGGCCAGCACAGCACUCUCACGAGCACAGAGGAGACAUGCCCUAUAAAGGUGACCUUGUUCAAACCUCUGAUAAGUCAAUUCUCCACCUUGAUAAGCCACCUGGAGAUGUUCCCACUGACUCAAAUGCUGCCAGCUCUUGGUCUGUGACAACCCAGGUGUCCUCCAAUCUGGUGUCAGCUGCUCAGAGGGUUGCAGAACUGGGGACCUAUAAUAAAGAAACAGCUUUUGAAUAUACUCCAUGUGACCCUCUUAAUAGCACAGUCCUAAAACUGCAGAGAGAAACAAGGCAGGUCAACAAUGUUGCUGUUCAGACUUAUGCAUAUGAAUGCCAGCUCAGGCCCUACCAUAAUGACUUCAUUCAUGGACCCUCACCCCUCACCAAAUCCAUUUCUUUGGAUACAGGUUUUCCUAGUACCUCUCCAACAGGCAUCUGCCAUACCACACCUGCCCACUGUUGUGUCUGCUGUCAUCACUGCCCCAACUGUCAGUGGAUGAGGCAAAGCCCUGGCCCAGAACCCUCUAUUUGCAGGCAUUUCCAGUAUUCACAUGCUGAGGAACCCAAAGUCCAGUUCAUGAAGACACUGAAAAUACUCCAAGACACUACUGUGAGGGACCUGUGUUCUUGCACAGUCUAUGAGAUGGAAACCAUGAAGAUGGUGUGCCAGAGUUUCCAGGAGCACUUAGAGGAAAUUGAGCAGCACUUCAUGGGACAGCAGGCACUCUUUCCCGGGGACAUGUCAGAAGAGGAAAGGGAAGAGGCUGAGUACCUGAGGACUUUACGAGAGGCCCUGAGGCAGCAAGUGGCAGAGCUGGCCUUUCAGUUAGGAGACAGAGCCAGGCAAAUCAAAGAAGGGAUCCUACUGCAGCUAGACCUUCUGUGCGAGGAGCUACCUGAACACUGUACCAAUCAGCCUCAAUGCAACCGGACAGAAGGAAAGCAUGUCCAGAGAUCAUGUGUUCAAGCCCACACUGUGGCCCCUGAGCCUGUCCUUCCUGCCAGCAGCAGGCAGUCGACUUCUGGCUCUGGGAUGACUCAGCUGGAUACUCUUAGUCCCUCUGACCUUGAGACCACAAGAAGGAUGUCUCUACAGUCACCAGAUAUGGUAGAAUCAGUUCUAGGUCCUUCACUGAGUCAGGUUGGAGAGAAGUCUCUGUUAGACCAGAGUGAUUUUGAUGAUUUUUAUAUAAAAUGGAAUGUCCAAGAGCAACUGUAACAAGGGAAUCCCAAUCCUAUGUACUCUACAAGCUCUGAAUAUUUUAAUAUUCAUUGAUUACAUAAUAAAAAAGCACCCAGUAUGUAACUGGCCGAGGUAUAUUAUAGUCAUUGAGUAGCAUAUGACCUCCACCCUGAUAGAGCAUGUGUCCUAGUAGAGGAUGACAAAUAUAAACAUGCCUAUGUAUCUAUAAUGAAAAAUCAAUAAAAAGAUGAUGUGACUUUAUUUUAUGAAAGAUAAUUAUCUGAGUCUAAUCGGGUAGCUGGAAGGCAUGUUCAGGGAUGAGAAAGCGCUGAUGCUGGAGGCAUCUGUGAGCAAGACAGAGUAUCUUUCCACCAAGAAUUUAAUAAAGUAAGAGAAAUAAGGCAACAAUUUAAAUGCUGUUUCAACACAACAGUUUAUGAAGGAAUCACUAUGCAGCAUGGGAAGAAAGUGUCUCAAAAUGGGACCUAUGAGGAAGGACUUGAAGGUAAGAAGAUGGGAGCCCUACAGAACUCAGGUACAAGAGCCUGAAAAGCAGGAGAAUGGAUGGUUCACAAGGCUAGGGUGUAGAAACGCUUUUUGCCAACUGCAGUUGAGUGAUAUGGCAGAAAGGGUCUGAGUGAGGAACCUGAGUUCCUUCAGUCCCUGGUCAUGGGUCUAAGACUGUGCAUUCUUUUCAAGUGCAACAGAAAGCUUCCAUACAUAUUAAACAUGGUUUUCAUGGGGUCCUGUCUGCCUUUAAUAAUCACAGAAAGACACCACCAUGGAGCACACAAAGAGACAAGCCUCCUGGUUAUAAGUCUAUUGCUUGCUGUCGCCCCUCAAGUCAAAGGCAAACGGUGUCCAGUUAUUUCCUUCCAGCUGUGGGAACAGCAUGGCUCCUACCACAGGGGAAGCUUGGAGGUGGAUACAAAGGUCAAAGCAUGAGUCUCUGGAAUGAGGAACAGGUGAACAAUGGAAGAAUCAGAAACAGCAUCCUGGGAACUGCUUGAAAGAACAACUUGGGAACUGCUUUCUUGUUUGUAUGAGAGGAUGGGUGAGCAGAGGACACUUCCUAACUAGGAUCUUAAGACAACAUUCUUUUGGAAACUAUCUACUACCAAGACCUGCCUGUUCCUUAGCCCAUUUCCUUCCUUAUCCUCCUUCUUUGGUUGCUAUGACUUCACUGAGGCUCUGCUUCCUGAGUCUACUGCAUCCCCUACUCUCCCCCCCAAAUGUGGACAUUUCCACUCACACAUUUUCCUCAGUAUAAUAUAGCCCCAACACCACCCCUUCCAAAAUCCUAGCCUUCCAUCCUCUUGCCACACAUACUCAGAUGUACCCAUCUGCCUUGUCUCACUGUCACCUCAGAGUCAAGUUAUUGUAUCACUGCUGUGUUGUGUCAUGGUAUGGCUUCCAGAGUUCCCAAUUAACUGGUGAUUGCACAGUGUAUGUGCCUCUGACAUGCCUUAGCUUAUUUCUGAGCUGCCUUGGUAGCUGACAAACCGUCUCUGCCUGGCACUGAUAGGGUCACGUUUCCUUGACUCGGGGAGAGAACCUAAAAAGCACUGUGUCAGAAACCUAAGAGAGUCAUCUCAAGACCAUGAUCCCAGAGCAGUCUGCUCCCAAAAUGCUUGUACACCCUGCAAUUACUCUGCCCUCUCCUUUCUACUGCUAACUCACUUCCCUGGACCACAUUUCCUCCAGUUCUCACAUUAAGAUGGAGCUCCCAGCACUAGACUGGCUCCUAAUUGCUUUUGUACAUCCCACAUUUCUUCCUUUUCUACACUUUCAACAUUUACUUGGCCCAGACUUGAGCUACAUUUGCCUGCAGCAUCGGAGCCUGUGAGUCCUACCUGUUUCAUCGCUAACUUCCUACUACCCUUGUAGCCACCUGCUGUAUGAUCUCAUGUCCUACUUUGUUCUUAUAUCAGUCUGAAAUGCUGGUCCUAGGAGCUAAAGUGACUUGCAACCCCAUAAGAACAACAAUACCUACCAACGAUCCAGAACUCCCAGGGACUAAACCACUACCCAAAGGCUGCACGUGGACAGACCUAUGGCUCCAGCUGCAUAUGUGGCAGAGGAUGUCCUUGUUGGGUACCAAUGGGAGGAGAAGCCCUUGAUCCUGCCAAGGCUGGACCCCCCCUCCCCAGUAUAGGGGAAUGUCAGGGCAGGGAGUCAGGAAAGGGAGAGUGGUUGGGAAGGUGAACACUCUUAUAGAAAAAGGGAAGGGGAUGGGAUAGGGGGCUUAUGGAUGGGAAACUGGGAAAGGGAAUAACAUUUGAAAUGUAAAUAAAAGAUAGCCAAUAAAAAAGGUAGAAAAACAAUAAAUAAUAAAAUAUUUAAAUGUGAAAUGCUGGUCCUCUAAACCAUCUUAUAUAUUCAUACAUCUCUUUAUAUCACAGGCUCUGCAUGCAUGAAUUCAACUGAUAAGAGCAGCAAUUAUUCAGAAAAUAAUCACAUAUCAUUAUAACCAUUAUUGUUAUUAUUCAACUAUUGCACUACUCAUAUAUUCUUUUGUUAGCAUUAUAAAUAAUCUACAUGUGAUUUAGAGUAUGCAGGAGGAGUGUGUGUUUUGUGCAAACACUACAUUGUUUAACAUAGGGUUAUUGGACAUAGAAAAUGUAGUAAAUUGAUUGCAGUUUUUAACACAGUAUCCCUCACAGAAUAAAUACUCAGUAUAUGUUUACUAUUAUUGGUGAAAGGGGCUAAACAUCAGUAAGUCCAUGAUUAUUAAUUUCACUCUGUUGAGAAGGAUUCUAUGAGCAAAGCAGCUUACCCAGGAAGAAUAUUAACAAAUACCCAAGGAAUGAAUAGGCAGAAUAAAAUAACAUUCUCAGGAGACUGGGAAGAUGAUGAUCUCACCACAGAAGCAGCACUACUUUAGGCUGUGGGUGAAGCUAAGCUUGGACUUAAAGCAAAUUUGUGUGCGGAUGAUUUCAUCCAUCAAGCAUAGGACUUCAUCUGUGAGGAAGAGGAUGGUGACACACUGCCUGAAUGAAGAAUGUCAUGUGGAAUCUCCAAAGAGGAGUACAUAAGCCAGCAACAGACCCCAGCUCUCCAACAAGAAAGAUAAAAGGGAGCACAAUGUACAAACACAGUAUCACUUUCAUGCCCCACCCAGACAGAACUUUUACUGUCUUAAAUGACUGAGGGACUGGUUGCCUAGUAUCACCUGGAAUUUCCAAGUUCUCAGGCCUUCUGUCUGAGACUAAUUGUAAUCAUUGACUUUCUGGUUCAUGUGACAAAUAUCUAAUUUCCAGUUGGUUUUGUUUUUCUGGAGAAUUCUAAUAGAUCAAGAACUUGACCUAUACAAAAGGUAUGCUGAGUCCUGGAUUUGCCAAUAAGAAGCAAUUGGACUCUGUUAAUAAAUCCAAAGUUUGAUCCAA